CUAAAAAUGAUGUCAAAAUAAUUGAAUAAAUAAAGAGAAAUUAAAGAAAGAGUUGAUAGCCUACCCUCAAUAGAAGCAGUUUCAAGUACAAAGUCUCGGAACUAGUUAAAAAGAAUUUUUAAACACUCAGAACUUCCAUAAGCUCAUUUUCAACAAACUUCUGACUCGAUUAGAUAACAUAGGAAAUUAAAAAUAGAUAAUUCAGAUUAUGCGAUUGAAUCAAAAUAAUAAACUUCAACAGCAAGAAAAUCUCCUUAAUAAUCAAAAUAUUAAUCUCCUUAAUUUUUCUCAAGAAAAAUGCAAUUUAGAAAUAACUCAUUAAUUAAUUUAAACUUAGAAGUUGUCAAUCAAAUUAAAGAAACUCCUUUUAAAGACACAACUCUAUUUUAAAUUAUUAACAAAAUAAGUUUAACCAUGAAUUAGUUACAUGAGUAUAAGAGUGAAAAAGCAAUUCUUUCGGCAACUGAUAAAUUGAUUAAAUCUUAUAUUCGAUUCUAAGAGAUAGAAUGGAUUUUUAAGAAUUUUAAACUCAGAGAUUGGUAAAGUGUGGAUACAAUAUUUCUUCGAAUACUUCAAAAUUUUACUAUUAAUAAUGAUAAUAAACUAAUUUAAAAAAAAAAUAAACCAGAUUAAUAUUUUUUACAAGUUCUUUCUGAUUUUUAGGAUAAAUUAGAAGAUCUUUUUAAAAAAUUAUGUGAUGAUUCUUAUCGUUAGUUAGAAGAAACAAUAAUGAAUUAAAAAUAAAAACUUUUAAGUAUUUAUUAUUAAUAUAUAUCUUCAGAUAAGGAAGUUGAAGUAAUGCAUUAAUUUUCAAAGUUAGGUAAGAAAGAAAGCUACAAUUAAUUUAAACUAAUUUUAAAUGAUACUUACAAAAUGAAUACUCGAGUAAUGGAGAGUUCCAUUAUGAAAUAAUUAAUUGAAUUCGAAGAUCGAUUUGGAAUGUUUAAAUAAAUAGAAAAUAGCAAUAGAUUUAUUUCAAACAGAAUAAACGAUUUAGUUUAUGACAUUAAAACUGUAAACAUAUCGUGA